CUGUCUCACUGGAACCACAUGCAGAGGAAAGCCCCCGCGGUCCGCGUGGCGUCCACUCUUCAUCCACGUUUCGGCUUCCCGGGAAUCUGCAGCCUUCCUUUUCCUCCCUCCGGGCCCGGAUUCCUCCAACCGCGCAACUGGGGCGGCAGCGGCAGCGGCAGCGUCAGCAACACGAGCGAGCGAGCGGCAGCGGCGGCGACACGAGCGAGCGGCGUGCGUUCUCCGCCGCGGGCUGCAGCCGCCCUCCUCUCCUCCCGCCAUCGCGGGAGCGCGUUCCGGCGCUAGCGCCCGCGCAGCUCUGCCCCCCGCCUCCGCCGAUUCCGGGCGGAGAUGGAGGUGGCGCUGCAGGCGGGUGAUGCCGCGGACUGGGUCUACAAGGGAGAGGGCGCGGCGAAUCUCAUCCUCAGCUACACCGGCAACUCGCCUUCCAUGUUUGGCAAGGUACUGCGGGCUAAAAAGGUCCUAAAUGACAAGGCACAACCAGCACCAAACUGUGUAAACUUCUCAAGCUACGAGCAGCUCGUGUGGGGUGACAUCCCAGAAUUGAUCGAGUCUGUCAAGCAAGGUUCUGUGGCACAAGCCUAUGCAGUACAUGUCAUGAGCCAACAUCUGGGGCACGAUCAUGUUGAUGGCGGGGUUCGUGUCUCUGUGUCUAAGGAUUUUCUGGAGAUUGUUGGAAAGAAUGUGCUCAGCUCCCGUCCUGCUUGGCGAGUGAAUGCAAGCGCAAUUGAUACCAACGCUGAUUCUGCCCUUCUAAUUUCUGACCACUCCUUAUUUUCUGGAAAGCCUAGAGGUAGCAGCUGUAUCGCAGUGGAGAUAAAGGCCAAAUGUGGGUUUCUUCCAUCAUCAGAAUAUAUAUCAAAGGAAAAUGCUAUUAAGAAACAAGUAACACGGUACAAGAUGCAUCAACACCUCAAAUUUCAUCAGGGGCAGAUAUCGAAGACAAGUGAAUAUGACCCCCUUGAUCUAUUCUCUGGGUCAAAAGAAAGAAUACGCACGGCCAUCAAGUCAUUUUUCUCGACUCCUCAGAACAACUUCAGGAUUUUUGUGAAUGGCUCCUUAGGUUUUGGUGGCAUGGGAGGUGGUGCUGACAAGAUCCUUGCUAAUGAAACAGAGAAGUGUCUUGAAGAUCUGAGGAAGGUUAGUGGGCUACAACUAUCUGACUUUAUUGAACUCCUGUCAGAGGCAAUAUCUAAAUCUGGAGCAUUGGAUAAACUUCUGGCCACUCAAAAACUGGAUGAUCAUGACAUCGAAGCGGCAAUUCAUCUGUAUUACAACAUCAUCUCUCAGCCUUGUUUGGUCUGCAAAAAUAUAACUGAUGCUGAGCUAUUGCACAAGUACUCUGUGUUGCAUUCUCUUCCUUUGGACAAGAGCUGUAAGAUUGUGAGGGACUUUCUCAUUUCUGCUACUGCAAAGGACUGUAGCCUCAUGAUGUGCUUUCGGCCAAGAGAGUGUGAAAGAACGGAUUCCGAGUAUGAUUCAGUUUUUCUCCAGUCAGUAAACCGAGCCUAUGAUUACAAGGCAUACUUUGUUGAUCUGGAUGUGAAGCCUCUGGAUAAGAUGACACAUUACUUUAAACUGGACCAGAAGAUCGUCAAUUUCUACACUAAGAGCGGGGAGGUUGGGCGAGUUCCUUGUGAUUCUCAAAAGGGGGUUGGCACCAGUGAUGACACAACGGUUCAGCCACAACAUCGAGGAGCUCCUUCAACUUGAAGCCUCUGGACGGGAAAGGGCACAUGCAUUGGUCCUGUUGUUUCGUCUUGCGCCUGUUGUUGUAACCUUGUAAGUACAGUUCCAUUGUCGAGGAGCUCUUCCCUUCCACCGGGAAAAAAAGAUGCCGCAGAGCGGUCACUGCUGUUUGUUGUCGCUGUUACUGUAGCUUAUGAGUGGUACAUCAUGUAUACCUAGCGGGUGGCUCGUCGCGGCAGAAAACACACCAGGAAUUCGAUACACAGACACCAAGAUGCUUGAACAGACUUUUUUACAGUGGCAACCACAUGUUGCAGUAUCUGCAGCAGAUAUGGGAGCGCA